AACCUUGUGGGAAGGAAAAACAAAAAGGAAAACAUUCAAUUCCUAGAAAUGUCAAAGUUCCUAACAUAGUAAACUUUUAUUUCCACCUCUUAUUUCCCAGCAACACCAUUCACAUAUACCAGUACCACCGUCUUCUUCUUCCAUGGACUCACCGCCCAGUACCGCCACCCAACAUUCGUCAAAAACAUUAAUUCUUCCUUUUUGAUUAUGUCUCAAAACCCACCACCAAUCCCAACCAAUCACCACCACAACCACAACCACCUCCACCUCCUCAAAAAGCAAACAACCACCCUCCCCGACUUCGUUCUCACCGCCCUCUCUCUCUUCCUCAUCGUCUCCUCCCCGUCCAAACCCCUCUCUCUCCCCCCCCACCACCACCACCACCACUACCCCCGUCGCUUUCUCAAAAUCCCCACUAUGUCCCACUCAAACCCUAACCCUAACCCCCACCGCCGCUUCGCCACCCCGCAAUCCCUCUCCGACUGGCUCAAACCCCGCCUCCCCUCCGACUCCUUCGCCUCAUGGGGCGUCAAGCCCGGCACCAAGAACGUCCACAACCUCUUCCUCGAGCUAUACGAAGGCGAGACUACGCUCAUCAAUGACAACGACGAUUCUAGCCCUCCUGUCCGUGCCCUCGACGUUGUUACCAUCCGAAUUAUCGGGUUGAACAACCGAGUCCUAAUCGAAUUGCGCCAGGAAUUAUCGGAUGGUACUGUGCGGGAUCGGAACCGGCCUCUUUCGGAGAAGAUGAAGCCGGGGGAAACCCUUGAGGCUGCCGUGGCACGUGCGGUGAGAGAAGAGCUUGGGUCGGUGAUUGGGGAUGGUGAUGGGGUUGUUAGGAUUGUGCCUGAUUCUUAUGUGAAGAAGGUGGAGGAGAGGGUUUCGGUUUCAUAUCCGGGCUUGCCAGCUCGUUACGUGUUGCAUUCGGUGGAUGCGGUGGUGGAUGGGUUGCCUGAUGGGGAUUUUUGUACGGAAGAAGGGGCAGAGUAUGAGGAUACUGGUGAGAACAGAGUCACAGAAGCGGCAAUUUCUUGUAAAAAGCAUUAUUGGAGAUGGGUGGACGCCAAUGCCGUUUGAUUUCGGUAUGGUUGUGAGUUUGCCCACCUCAUUUAGGUUUUCAUGAUUCUUUUUUCGGUGAUGCUAUAGUCAUUUUGCUAGUGUAGCAAUGAUACCAAUGAUAUUGUGAGCAUGAGCAUGUAUCUUUUACAGUUAGUAUACACAUUUAUAUAGGUGCGAUGACAAACUAUUUGUUUCAGAUUUGAAUUAGAAAGUUCUUCACUGCCUCAGUUGUUGAUA